AUGAAGCGAAAACUGAAUCUUCCCAUAGUUCCAAAUUCUCAGCUCAAUCUGCAUCCCCUCUCGGCUGCUGCAGAUUCAUCCAUCACACCAAAGCCCAAGAUCUUUGAUGAGUUCGCGUUAACCGAUCGCGUUGGGCUUGUCUCUGGCGGAAAUAGGGGCCUCGGCCUGGAAAUGGCUCUUGCAUGUUGCGAAGCUGGUGCACGUGUCGUAUACUGCUUCGAUCUUCCAGAAAAGCCGUCAGAUGAAUGGACUGCAAGCAGAGAUUAUGUCGCGAAGCUAGGGAAUAACUCGCGGCUGGAGUAUUUCAGCGCGAAUGUCACUAAUCAGCAGGCGCUUUGGAAGAAGACGGAGGAGAUUGGUGAUAUAGAGGGAAGAAUGGACUUUUGUGUCGCUGCGGCUGGUAUUCUCAGGUCAGGCACAGACUGCUUGGAAUACCCGGCGCAGGAGUACAGAGAGGUCCUGGAUGUCAACACUAAUGGCGUCCUCUUCACUGCGCAGGCUGCUGGCAGACAAAUGUCGCGCUUCGGACGCGGUGGCAGCAUCAUUCUUAUUGCAUCAAUGUCGGGCAGUAUCACUAACAGAGGCCAUGCCUGGGUAUCGUACAACAGCUCCAAAGCAGCUGUCCUGCAGAUGGCUCGUAGCAUGGCUUGCGAGCUUGGCGAAAAGAAUAUUCGCGCCAACUCGCUGUCUCCAGGGUAUAUCUACACCAGUAUGACUGCGGCAUUUCUGGACAAACAACCGCACCUCUUCGAUGUGUGGUCUAGUAUGAACCCUCUGGGUCGGCUCGGACGCCCCGACGAGUUGCGCGGUGUAGUGACGUGGCUGGCAUCUAAUGCAUCAACAUUCUGCACGGGUAGCGAUAUUAUCGUUAGCGGUGGUCACCACUCCUGGUAAUGGAACACUCAAGGAAGAAGGGCUUGUAGGAUAUAUGAAUGGAAGGCUUGUUGUAUCUGUAGAGAAACCAGACUUGAACCUCGCAUAGCAAGUCACAAAAGGGAUUGCUGGGGUGCAUACUAAUCUGCAGGUUGAUUUUCAACAAGCGAACCAGCAGCCUCGAGCGUGGGUAGGAUGGAAAUCUCUUUGCGAGCCGCAGCGUUGUCGGUCUAUUCUACACGGCAGCGAGCACGUUAUCUCCGCAGUUGACCGCAAAUUUGCUCCACCGUGGUUAGUACUUGGUGAUCACCACUCGUGGCAAAGUAGAUAGAGGAACAAAUUAUUAAGCAGGUUUCGAACCUGCAACAGAUUUCUGUCCUGUGCAGAUGGAUUGACAGUAGAAUCACAUAGGAUUAGCAGUCAU